UUAAAAAUGUUGAAAAUUGUCCUUUUUUUUUUUCCUCGCGGCUUUUGCUCCUAUAGCCUCCACUGAUCAGUGAUUGGACUGCCACCCAUUUGAAGCUCGCAGACAUAGUAUAGGUAAUUAUUUUUCAUAGAUGCACCCCGUCUUGUGCGUCAACCGUACGUCACACUAUAGGCCUAAUGGCCAGCCGUACAACAACAGUGCUGGUGUGGAUGGAGGAGAAAAGAAAAGAAAAAAACGCGAAAUGCUCUCACCCAAUGCAUGCAACACAAGAGUUUGAAAUGCAUAGUUGUUGUUGUUUUUUCUAUUCGCAAACAUAAUUUGACUCAAACUUCCAGAUCGUGAAGCCUGACAAGCCUGCAGCAUUGUUUUAGGAUUUUCAUGCAUGAUUCUUUAUACUGUCCUUUAAAUACAAUUUGUCGUGGGUAUAUCUCGCAGUGUAAGUCGCCCAUAAACCUGAUCCAAGUGCUGGCUGUGUGAGGGGGACAUGCGCUCGUCCUCGGCGUUAAUCGAUAGACGCAUGCAGGUAGCCUUCCUCCCUACACACGCAGCAGCAUCACCACGCAUCCUUUACUCCACUGUGCGCUCUCUCUUAUUUUCCUCCCCAUCGCCACACUGAGGAGAGAAAACCCGCUCGUGGUGGUGGGCCCUUUUGCUUUUCAUCUUUAAACAUCUGGAAGAAGCCCGUAUUUGUUUUUACAAGGCAGGGGCGUUUGUGGCCGAGGAAGAGGAGGGAGACAUCAGCAGCAGCAGCAGCAGCAGCAGCAGGACGGAGCACUUGACACCUUUGCUUCACGACAUCGAUAUGCAGUAGUGUGAUAGCAGCUCUGCGGAGACGGGAAGGCCAGUCCAUGGCAUCUUGAUAUUAAAACCGUGGGCUCUGCGCAUUCCUCGCCGUCUUUUUUCCCCCCCUCCUUCUGCGGAUUAACUUGGCCAGAUUUACAUUCAGAGAGGGGAGGAAAUCUGACCAAUAAUCCAAUUUGAGCAUUGAGAUUCUGUUUUGGUGGGAUUUCAGUGGACCUGCGAUGGACUCCAGCGCGGGGGAAUAUGGCAUGGCUCGUCUCGGAUUGUUUUUGGUUUUUUUCACGGGGCUGAUGUGGAGAUUUAGCGACGCUUGCCCCGCAUCAUGCACUUGCAGCAUCUCAAGGAUUGUUUGUAUUGAUUCCGUGCCGGGGCUCGAGGAUUUCCCCGUGCUCACGUUAGAUGACAUGGAAAACAUCACGGAGAUAUACAUUGCAAAUCAAAACAGACUGUUUGACAUCAAUGACAACAGUCUGAGGCACUACAUCAACCUCAGAAACCUAACAGUGAUGAAUACGAGGUUGUCGUCUAUAACAUCAGACGCUUUUUUCAACAACACAAGACUCCAAUAUGUAAAUCUCAGAGAUAAUAACCUAUCAACGCUUUCAUGGAGGACAUUUCAAAACUUUAACGCAUCUUUACCGCUCCUGCUGUACGGGAACCCUCUGGAUUGUGUUUGUGAGAACUUGUGGAUCAAACUGCGGCUCCUGGAGGAAAGCGACAGUCCAGAUCUGAGAUGCACGGACGACAGAGGAGUGACACUAGCCUUCGCCGCACUCAACCCACCCGACUGCGAGGUUCCCAGAGUAGAGGUCACCCCGAGGAGCGUGAAUUUGAUGCAGGGGAGUAACGUGGAAGCUGUUUGCAGCGCCUCAGGCUCGCCUCCUCCCGAGAUCCUGUGGAACCUCGACAUGCUCUCUACACAGCACGAGAUCGAGCCGUCGGAUAUGGAGAGCAGAAUCACUCUGUCAGACCUGUCUCCUGAUGAUAAUGGCAGGGUGAUCGUAUGCAGCGCUGAGAACAUGGUUGGUCUGACCGAGGCUACGCUGCAGCUCAAUAUUCUCUUUGCCCCCAUCAUCCAGCAGCUCGCGCCCGAGCGGGACCACCACUGGUGCAUCCCCUUCACCGUGACCGGGAACCCCAAGCCCGACCUGCAGUGGUACCACGAGAAUGUGGCCCUCCAAGAGCAGGACUUCAUCCACACCAUGAUCCACCUCUUCACCGAGGGCGAGUACCACGGCUGCCUGCAGCUGGUCAACCCUACCCACAUCCACAACGGCGUGUACAGGCUGGUGGCCAAGAAUAAGUACGGCCGCGACGAGAAGAAGGUGUCUGCGCAGUUCAUCGACCCGCCCGACAUUGGCCACACAGCUGAAGACCACUUCUACUACUACACGACUGACUCACCGCUCCCUCCAAUGGAUGACAGUGUUGCAGUGUACGUGGUGAUGGGGAUCAUAGGUGUUGUCCUGACCAUCUGCGUUCUGAUGGUGAUCAUACUGAAAUACGGAAGAAACUCCAAGUUUGGAAUUAAAGGCUCCUCCUCAGUCAUCAGUAAUGAUGAUGACUCCGCCAGCCCUCUUCAUCACGUCUCCAAUGGCAACAACACCCCGUCGUCCUCGGAGAUGGGUCCAGACGCGGUGAUCAUCGGUAUGACAAAGAUUCCUGUCAUCGAGAACCCGCAGUACUUCCGUAACUCGGGCAGCAUGCUGAAAUCCGACACGUUUGUCCAGCACAUCAAGAGACACAACAUCGUGCUGAAGCGGGAGCUGGGAGAGGGAGCCUUCGGGAAAGUGUUUCUGGCUGAGUGCUACAACCUGGUACCAGACCAGGAGAAGCUCCAUGUGGCGGUCAAGACUCUUAAAGAGGCUAACGAGAGCGGCCGAGCAGACUUCUACAGAGAGGCCGAGCUCCUCACAAACCUGCAACACGACCACAUCGUCACUUUCUACGGAGUCUGCGUGGAGAGCGACCCGCUCAUCAUGGUGUUUGAAUACAUGAAACAUGGGGACCUAAACAAGUUCCUAAGGUCUCACGGUCCUGAUGCAGUGCUAAUGGCAGACGGUCAACACAGCAUCCUGGUGGAGCUCACUCAGUCCCAGAUGCUGCACAUUGCCCAACAGAUUGCUGCUGGCAUGGUCUACCUGGCCUCCCAGCACUUUGUCCACAGAGACUUGGCAACCAGGAACUGCCUGGUCGGGGAAAACCUGCUGGUCAAGAUAGGAGACUUUGGCAUGUCCAGAGACGUCUACAGCACAGACUACUACAGAGUGGGCGGUCACACGAUGCUGCCUAUCCGCUGGAUGCCUCCAGAGAGCAUCAUGUACCGGCGGUUCACCACAGAGAGUGAUGUGUGGAGUCUUGGGGUGGUGCUGUGGGAGAUCUUCACCUACGGAAAGCAGCCCUGGUACCAGCUCUCCAACAAUGAGGUGAUCGAGUGCAUCACACAGGGCCGGGUGCUGCAGCGGCCCCGCACCUGUCCUAAAGAGGUGUACGACCUGAUGCUGGGCUGCUGGCAGAGGGAGCCCUACAUGAGGCUCAACAUCAAGGAGAUCCACAGCAUGCUGCAGAGCCUCGCAAAGGCCUCGCCAGUCUACCUGGACAUACUGGGCUGAUGCAUCUGUGUUCCUGUAUGUACUCUGCGUGCAAGUGUGUGUAGACGAUGUCUGGGUCGAGGAGGAAACUAAAAGCUGUGUGAUUGUGAGUGCCUGCGUGUGUGUGUGUGUGUGUGUGUACAGAACCUGGCUGUAAAUGUUCCUGUAAAUGCUAUCGUCCUUCGUCCUCAUCGCAUUGAGAAAAGCCUUAAAUUUUCUGUGAUUAUAUUUUGUUUUAUUUUCUUCUUUUGAUUUGCAGACAUUACCGAGGCAUGUUUCAUUAAUGGAAACCAAAAUGCAUACAGGAUUUAUGUAACGUUAUCCAAACAAUCAACACUCGUACAUGUUGGAGGCAUAAAAAAAAAAAAGAAAAAUGAAACCCGAGAAGCAGCAUCAUUAUUAACUGAAUCAUGUUGUCUACAUUCAUGGUAUAAAUAAUCACUCUCCUGGUUUUCAUAUUUGCUGGGAACAAAAAAAAAGGGAAAAAAAUGUGUCUACAUAACAGACUUUGUACCGACACAUCUUUGUAGAUAGAGCUUUCACUUCUUUCAGCACAGAGCAAAAUAAUCUGCAGGAAGAUAUUCAUUGAGAAGAUUUUUCUUUUAUAUUUCAGAAUAUUUUAAUAUUUGUAAAAUGUAUAAAUAUCAAAUUUGUUGUCAUACCAAGCUGUUGGUUUUGAUCAGUGGAUUUUAAGUUGUCUACAGAAGCUUCUUUUUUUUUUUUUUUCAUUUUUUAAAUCUACAUAUAUAUCAUUAUACAGUUAUGUUGAAAAAAAACUGUGUGAAAACCGUAUAGAUGACAUAAAGCCUGUGUUUGUUAUAUAUAACCUAUUCUAGUCCACUGAAGGACGUCCUAAUGUGAAAUCAAUGUUGAGGUUGUAAAACACAAGGGCAAACAUAUUCUACGCUGUUUAUUUCAUUUUUAAAUCAUACUAUAAUUUGUUUCCUUUUUCUAAGUAUCGGUUUUGAACUAAUAACUCAAUGUGAAUGGUGUUUAAACUUUUGUUUUUAAAGUUCUCAACCCUUUUCAUUUGAUGUAUCUAAAGCACAGAGAAUGAGGACUUGUUGGGCUGUAACUAAUCCCAAAAAAAAAAAAAAAAAGAUCAGCACAGCUUCACUUUUUUUUUUUUUUUUUUUUACUUUUUCAUUCACCAGCAAUGCCAUUUAACUCAUCUUUGUUGUUCGGUGGCCCAUAUCUGUAGGUGAUGUGGUUUUGUAUACAUCUUAAUGACACAAAGGUAAACUUACAGUGCAUCAACUCCAUUUCUUUCUCCUUAUUUCUGAGAGGGAUCGUGUGUACAGUGAACUGAUGAUCAAAUAUAUUGAGCCUUUCUUUGUUUUCAA